AGAAGCUAGAAACAACCAGAAAAUUAGAAGGAAAAAAAGUACACUCAAAAAACACAUACAAAACCCUAGCUCCCCCCUCCUCCCUCACUCACUUCUCUACUCCCUCUCCCUCUCCCUCUCCCUCUCCCUAUCUCUAUCUCUCUGAAUCUGCAACAAUGGCAGCCAUGAUGCAACCGCAGAUCAUACUGCUGAAAGAAGGAACCGACACGUCGCAAGGGAAAGCUCAGUUAGUAAGCAACAUAAACGCGUGCACGGCGGUGGCGGAUGUAGUGAGGACGACGUUAGGACCUCGUGGUAUGGAUAAAUUGAUCCACGACGAUAAAGGAAAUGUCACCAUUUCUAAUGACGGCGCCACGAUUAUGAAAUUGCUCGACAUUAUUCAUCCUGCCUCUAAGAUCCUCGUUGAUAUCGCCAAGUCUCAGGACUCUGAGGUUGGCGAUGGAACUACUACUGUCGUUCUACUUGCAGGGGAGUUUUUGAAAGAGGCUAAACCUUUUGUAGAGGAAGGAGUCCACCCACAAAACUUAAUACGUAGUUAUAGAACUGCAUGCAAUUUGGCAAUUGAGAAGGUCAAAGAACUAGCUGUUAGCAUAGAGGGUAAAAGUCUAGAGGAAAAGAAAAGUUUAUUGGCUAAAUGUGCUGCUACAACACUAUCAUCAAAACUUAUUGGUGGUGAGAAGGAGUUCUUUGCAUCAAUGGUCGUGGAUUCUGUGAUUGCAAUUGGGAAUGAUGACAGGCUAAAUAUGAUUGGAAUAAAGAAGGUCCCAGGUGGUACUAUGCGAGAUUCAUUUCUGGUUAAUGGUGUUGCCUUUAAAAAGACGUUUUCUUAUGCGGGUUUUGAACAACAACCAAAGAAGUUUGUGAAUCCCAAGAUACUCUUACUCAACAUUGAGUUGGAGCUGAAAUCUGAGAAAGAAAAUGCUGAGAUAAGGUUGUCAGAUCCAUCUCAGUACCAGUCCAUUGUUGAUGCGGAAUGGAAUAUCAUUUAUGACAAGUUGGAUAAAUGUGUGCAAAGUGGGGCAAAAGUGGUUCUUUCACGCCUUGCAAUCGGUGAUCUGGCAACACAGUAUUUUGCUGAUCGAGAUAUAUUCUGUGCUGGUCGUGUAAGUGAAGAAGAUCUGCAAAGAGUUGCUGCGGCAACUGGUGGAACUGUACAGACAACUGUCAACAACAUAAUUGAUGAGGUUCUUGGGACUUGUGAGAUUUUUGAGGAAAAGCAAGUUGGAAAUGAGAGGUUUAAUAUUUUCAGUGGAUGCCCUUCUGGAAGGACAGCCACCAUUGUUCUUCGUGGUGGAGCUGACCAGUUCAUUGAGGAGGCUGAACGGAGUUUACAUGACGCAAUCAUGAUAGUCAGAAGAGCUAUGAAGAACUCAACUGUUGUUGCUGGUGGUGGUGCUAUAGAUAUGGAAAUAAGUCGGUACUUGAGGCAGCAUGCUCGCACUAUAGCUGGGAAGUCUCAACUGUUUAUCAACUCUUAUGCAAAAGCCCUUGAGGUUAUCCCACGACAACUAUGUGAUAAUGCUGGGUUUGAUGCAACUGAUGUGCUGAACAAACUAAGGCAGAAACAUGCACUUCCAUCUGGUGAGGGUGCACCGUAUGGAGUGGAUAUCAACACCGGUGGAAUUGCAGAUUCAUUUUCAAACUUUGUUUGGGAGCCUUCGGUUGUGAAGAUCAAUGCUAUAAAUGCUGCUACGGAGGCUGCUUGUCUUAUUUUAAGUGUGGAUGAGACAGUAAAGAAUCCCAAGUCUGAAAGCGCUCAGGGAGAAGCUGCUGCAGGUGCUAUGGGUGGACGUGGGGGAGGUGGUUUCCGUGGCCGUGGACGGGGGAUGCGAAGACGAUGAGCUCACCAAAUAGCAAUUUUCUUGGAAGUGUAGGUGGAUUAGUCAAGCUUUUGUCUACUUGAUUUCAGUUUAUUAUGGGUUUCAAGUUGAUGUUCAAUCUUGAUGUCUGGGAUUUUGAACCCGAGUGGCGUUUUCUGUCUAGCUUCUUUCUGGAUUAUGGCAGCAGAUUAUUUUUCCUGCAUGCCCUACCCCCUUGUCUGUAGGAGAUCUUUUUUGAAAUUUUAGUUUCCUUUAUUUCAGAAGAAAUGGUAGAAGGCAAUAGCACUCACUCUUUUUUUA